AUGCAAUCUCUCAAACCUAUAUACAGUAUAGCAUUGAUUGGUUUUCUACUCGCAUCGUUCACUCAUAUAAGCAUCUCAUUUUUUUUCAAUGUUAAACUACCGGAAAAUAUUUAUUUCAACUUACUCAAUUCAGUCAAAAUGGACAAAAAUACAGCAGAUCAACUGAAAAUACUUAUGGACACUCCCGCGUUCAAGUAUAGUCCACACGGUUCAAAUGGGGAUGGUGUGAAAAUACCAGACCAUCUAAAAAAUCUAGAAGAAUCGCGAUUCUCUGAAAACAAUUUCAAUGUUGUCGCAUCUGAAAUGAUUUCGGUAAAUCGUACACUUCCGGAUUACCGAUCAGACGCUUGCCGGAUAUCUGGAGGCAAGAUCAACACAACUGAAUUGCCAAGAGCUUCGAUAAUCAUCACAUUUCAUAAUGAGGCAUGGACAACAAUAAUCAGGACACUUCAUUCUAUCUCCAAUCGCUCGCCACGUCAUCUUAUCGAAGAAAUUGUGUUAGUGGAUGAUUAUUCCGACAAGUAUUGGUUGAAGGGACCAUUAGAUAUUUAUGUUCGACAGUUUGAGAUACCCGUACAUGUGACUCAUCUCCCUGAACGAUCGGGUUUGAUUCGUGCCCGUCUUACUGGAGCCAAAAUCGCGAAAGGUCCAAUUUUACUGUUUUUGGAUUCUCAUAUCGAAGUGAGCGAAGGUUGGCUGGAACCCCUCAUAUCCCGAGUAGCUGAUGACCGAACCCGUAUUAUUGCUCCAAUUAUUGAUAAUAUUUCCGACGAAGAUUUUGGAUUUUCGACUGGAAGAACUGACCUAUGGGGCGGUUUCAGUUGGAUACUUUCAUUCAAGUGGUUUGAUAUGAACGGAAACGAUACUCAGAGAUUGAUUGCUAAAAAAGCGGAACCUAUACGAACACCGACAAUUGCUGGCGGAUUAUUUGCAAUCAACCGAGAGUAUUUCUACGAGAUGGGUGCCUAUGACGAAGGAAUGGAAGUAUGGGGUGGCGAGAAUGUGGAAAUAUCAUUCAGGAUCUGGAUGUGUGGCGGUUCUAUGGAAAUCCAUCCUUGUUCUCACGUGGGGCACGUCUUUCGAACCAAGACUCCGUAUUCGUUCACUAAAGAAGUAAAUUUUGUUAUAAGGCGUAAUCAGGCACGUACUGCCGAAGUAUGGAUGGAUGAGUACAAAGAGUUCUUUUUCAAAAUGGUCCCAUCAGCUCAGAAAAUGGAAAUCGGUGAUUUGCAAGAAAGAAAAAGUUUAAGAGAGCGUCUGAAAUGCAAACCGUUCAAAUGGUACUUGAAAAACGUCUGCUCUGAAUGUCACAUGCCUUCUGAAUAUCAUUCUCUUGGAGCGAUUGUGAAUAAACUGAAUGGAAAGUGCGUGGACAGAGGAGGUAGAGUUCUUGGAGGACCACCUGGUUUGGGGACAUGCAUUCAUUCACAUGAGCAACAAGGAAAUCAGGUUUGGUCUUGGACCGGAAACAAGGAAAUUCGAUCACAAAACUUCUGUUUGUCUUCCAAUAAAAAAGGGUCAGAGUUGAAAAUAGAAAUGUGCAAUGGCAGCGAGGAUCAGAAAUUCGAAUUCAAUCGAAAAAUCGGGAACAUCAUUCACCAAACAAGCGGAAAAUGCAUGACGAAUGCAGAAUCUGUGGCCACUGUGGAUGAUUGCAAAAACAGCCGACAGGAGCAAGUUUGGGAUUUGGAAGCUUCAACAUACAAGUGA